CAUGAUGAAAGAGGGCGCUGGUUGCUGUCUGCUGCCGCAUGUCAUUUCACCAACACCUGGCAAGACAGUGGAAGAGUUCUUGUUGCUGAAGAACCCACAGAUGUUGUUUCAAGAUGAGGACUUAUCAAGAUGAGUUGAAAUACCUGGAGAAAAUUACUCCAAACUGUUGGAAGAUCAAGAAAGACUUUGUCCCUAAUAUGAAGGUGGAAGGUUUUUUCUAUGUGAAUGACAAUCUAGAGAAGUUGAUGUUUGAUGAACUCAAAAACAGUUGUCACAACAAAGGGUUUGGAGGAUUCCUGCCAGGAGUGAAGCAGAUUGCUAAUGUGGCUGCCCUACCAGGAAUAGUCUCGAAAUCCAUCGGCCUUCCAGAUGUUCAUUCAGGUUAUGGCUUUGCCAUAGGAAACAUGGCUGCAUUUGAUAUGAAUGAUCCCCAGGCAGUUGUCUCCCCUGGCGGUGUGGGGUUUGACAUUAAUUGUGGUGUUAGACUAUUGAGGACAAACCUCCAUGAGAAAGACGUCGUACCUGUCCGAGAGCAGUUGUCUCAGUGCCUCUUUGAUCAUAUACCUGUUGGUGUGGGGUCCAGGGGAGUUAUACCCAUGGGAGCAAAAGAUCUGGAAGAAGCAUUAGAGAUGGGAAUGGACUGGUCACUAAGAGAAGGAUAUGCAUGGGCAGAAGACAAAGAGCACUGCGAGGAGUAUGGCAGGAUGUUGCAAGCAGAUCCAUCCAAAGUCAGUAGUCGUGCCAAAAAACGAGGCCUUCCUCAGCUGGGUACAUUAGGUGCUGGGAAUCACUAUGCAGAGAUACAGGUGGUAGAUGAAAUCUAUGACCAGUUUGCAGCCAGUAAGAUGGGAAUAGAGCGCCUGGGACAGGUGUGUGUGAUGAUCCACAGUGGCAGUCGAGGGUUGGGCCAUCAGGUAGCUACAGAUGCUCUGGUUGCGAUGGAGCGUGCAAUGAAACGGGAUCAGAUUGUGGUGAAUGACCGGCAGCUGGCUUGUGCUCGUAUUCAUUCCCAGGAAGGCAAAGAUUAUCUGCAGGGUCUGGCUGCUGCAGCAAACUAUGCUUGGGUCAACCGCUCUAGUAUGACCUUCCUAACCAGACAAGCCUUUGGCAAGAUGUUCCAGACAACGCCUGAUGACCUCGACAUGCAUGUUAUUUAUGAUGUGUCCCAUAACAUUGCCAAAGUCGAGGAACAUUGGAUUGAUGGAAAACAGAAGACAUUGCUGGUCCAUCGGAAAGGAUCCACAAGAGCUUUUCCUCCCCACCACCCUCUCAUCCCGGUUGAUUAUCAGCUGACAGGUCAGCCGGUGUUGAUAGGAGGCAGUAUGGGCACCUGCAGUUAUGUUCUCACAGGGACUGAGCAGGGCAUGCAGGAGACAUUCGGCACCACCUGUCAUGGAGCUGGUCGAGCUCUCUCAAGAGCGAAAUCCCGUCGUAACUUGGAUUACUCCACCGUGCUGGCUGCUUUAGAAGAGAAGGGAAUUAGUAUCAGAGUUGCCUCCCCUAAGAUGGUCAUGGAAGAGGCACCAGAAUCAUACAAGAAUGUGACAGAUGUUGUUAAUUCAUGUCAUGCUGCGGGCAUCAGCAAAAAGUGCAUCAAGUUACGGCCAGUAGGUGUGAUUAAGGGAUGAGAUUUUUAUGAAGCCUCAUGGUUGGUGUCCAAGCCAGGAACAAACAGACUGGACUAUUGAACCUUCUUGGAGGGGCUGUUUUAUUUUGGAUUGUGCUAUACAAGGGAAUAAGAUAAA